AUUUUCUGCCUGCACCAUUUUUUUCUCAUCCCCAACAACCCACACCUUUCCUCUCCUCUGCUUCUGCUGCCUACUACUCACCUCGGCUCUGCAGCAUCUUCACACGAGUCCAGCAGAGCCGGUUCUGGUUCUGGUCCUGGUGGGGAACGUCAUGGUUCGAGCGGCGCCUAAUUUACUGUGAGGAAAAUGUGCGGAACGCGUCGCUUGGAAUAAACAAAUGGUCGCUACAGAUUGCCAGGAUUCAUGGAGACAACACAAGACUGCGCCUGUUACAAAGUUGUGCAAGGGAAAGUCUGGGAACGUCCCAGGAAAAAAUGCCAUUCUGGAGGAGAAAUACAUAUGUUGAGAAGGAACGCCGUGUAAAAGCCAAUGCACGAGAAUACAAUGAGAAGUUCUCAUACGCUAACAAUCACAUUAAGACUUCAAAGUACAACGUCUUCACCUUCCUGCCCAUCAACUUGUUUGAGCAGUUCCAGAGGGUGGCGAAUGCUUACUUUGUUGUGCUGCUGAUCCUUCAGUUAAUCCCAGAAAUCUCGUCUCUGUCCUGGUUCACAACCAUCGUGCCUUUGGUUUUGGUGCUGGUGAUCACAGCUGUUAAAGAUGCCACCGAUGACUACUUUCGACACAAGAGCGAUCGGCAAGUCAACAACCGCCAAUCUCAGGUUCUCAUCAGAGGAAGUUUACAGAAGGAGAAAUGGAUGAAUGUUCGAGUGGGAGACAUCAUCCAACUGGAGAAUAAUCAGUUUGUUGCUGCCGAUAUCCUCCUCCUGUGCAGCAGCGAGCCUUAUGGCCUUUGCUAUAUUGAGACAGCAGAGCUGGAUGGGGAGACAAAUCUGAAAGUCCGCCAGGCCUUGAGUGUGACCUCAGAUUUGGGAGACGUUUCAAAACUGAUGGACUUUGAUGGAGAAGUCAUUUGUGAACCACCAAACAACAAGCUGGAUAAAUUUACAGGCACUUUGCACUGGAGAGACAAUAAAUACUCUCUGGAUAAUGAAAAAAUGCUCCUGCGCGGUUGUGUUCUCAGAAACACUGAGUGGUGCUUCGGCAUGGUCAUAUUUGCUGGGCUACAAACCAAGCUGAUGCAGAACUGUGGACGGACUAAGUUCAAACGGACCAGCAUUGACAAACUUAUGAACACACUAGUUUUAUGGAUUUUUGCCUUCCUCAUCUGUAUGGGAGUGGUUUUGGCAAUAGGAAACACCAUUUGGGAGACUUGUGUGGGCAGAAAGUUUGAGCUGUUCCUACCAUGGGAUGAGUUUCAGAGCAGCGCCGUUUUUUCUGGCUUCCUCACCUUCUGGUCCUACAUCAUCAUCCUCAACACUGUUGUCCCCAUUUCCCUGUAUGUCAGUGUGGAGGUCCUGCGGCUCGGUCACAGUUUCUUCAUUAACUGGGACCAGAAGAUGUACCACAAUCAGAGCGACACGCCGGCCGAGGCUCGCACCACCACCCUGAACGAGGAGCUCGGACAGGUCGAGUUCAUCUUUUCUGACAAGACCGGCACGCUGACGCAGAACAUCAUGGCAUUCAGCAAGUGCUCCAUUAAUGGGCAGACGUACGGUGAUGUCUAUGAUGAAUUCAACCAGAAGGUGGAAAUUACAGAGAAAACAGAGUGCGUAGACUUUUCCUUCAACCCGCUCUGCGACAAAGCCUUCAAGUUUUACGACUGCAGCCUGGUUGAAGCCGUCAAACAGCAGGAAUCUGCAGCACAGGACUUCUUCAGACUGCUGGCUCUGUGCCACACCGUCAUGCCAGAGGAGAAGAGUGAAGGGAAUCUGGUGUACCAGGCCCAGUCACCGGAUGAAGGAGCAUUGGUAACCGCAGCACGAAACUUUGGGUUUAUCUUCCGGGCUCGAACUCCAGAAACCAUCACGCUUUGUGAGAGGGGAAGAGCAGCUACCUACGACCUGCUGGCCAUACUGGACUUCAACAACGUGCGCAAGAGAAUGAGUGUCAUUGUGAGGAAUCCCGAAGGUCAGAUUAAACUAUAUUGCAAAGGAGCCGACACAAUCAUCUUUGACCGCCUGGAUCCGUCCAGCGAAGACCUCAUGUACGCUACCUCAGAACACCUCAGUGAAUUUGCAGGAGAAGGGCUUCGAACUCUAGCUCUUGCCUACAAAGACCUCAGCAAAGAAUAUUAUCAGGUGUGGCAGAAGAAGCUUCACUACGUGAGCACUGUGAUUGAGAACCGUGAAGAGCAGCUGGCUGCUCUCUACGAGGAAAUAGAGCAAGGCAUGAAGCUUCUUGGAGCCACAGCGAUAGAGGACAAACUUCAAGAAGGAGUGCCGGAGACAAUCGCUUGUCUGAAUCUAGCCGACAUCAAGAUCUGGGUCCUAACAGGAGACAAGCUAGAGACGGCGAUGAGCAUCGGUUACUCCUGCAACAUGCUGCGGGACGACAUGGAUGAGGUGUUUGUUAUCUCUGGGCUCACGCAGCUGGAGGUGCAGCAGCAGCUCAGGAACGCUAAGGAGAACAUCCUCGGCCUGCGCCGGCUGAGCAGCACAGCAGACGUCGAGAAAGGCGACGUGUUUGCAGAAGAUUCAGUGUUUGAAGAAACGAUUAUUUCCGAGUAUGCCUUGGUCAUCAACGGUCACAGUCUGGCUCACGCGCUGGAGCCCCAGCUGGAGCACACGCUGCUGGAUCUGGCCUGUUUGUGUAAAACGGUCAUCUGCUGUCGGGUCACGCCGAUGCAGAAAGCUCAGGUGGUGGAGCUGGUGAGGAGGCACAAGAUGGCCGUCACGCUGGCCGUGGGGGACGGCGCCAACGACGUCAGCAUGAUCAAAACCGCCCACAUCGGCGUAGGCAUCAGCGGACAGGAGGGGAUGCAAGCUGUUCUGGCCUCAGAUUACUCCUUCGCUCAGUUUCGGUACCUGCAGAGGCUGCUGCUGGUGCACGGGCGCUGGUCCUACUUCCGAAUGUGUAAUUUCCUGGCCUACUUCUUCUACAAGAACUUUGCCUUCACCCUGGUCCACUUCUGGUACGGCUUCUUCUGUGGUUUCUCAGCACAGACUGUGUACGACCAGUGGUUCAUAACCCUCUUCAAUAUUGUUUAUACAUCGUUACCAGUUCUGGCGAUGGGACUUUUUGAUCAGGACGUCAACGACCAGAACAGCCUUCGCUACCCGAGCCUGUACAAACCGGGCCAACAGAACCUGCUCUUCAACAAACGCCAGUUCUUCCUCUGCACGCUGCAAGGCAUGGUGACGUCAUUCCUGCUUUUCUUUAUUCCCUACGGAGCGUUCUCCAGUCAUGCUAGGACGACGGCCUCCGACUUCUCUGACCAGCAGGCGUUUGCCGUCACCAUAGCAACAACGUUAGUCAUUGUUGUGAGUGUUCAGAUUGGACUGGAUACACACUACUGGACAGCAGUCAAUCAUCUGUUCAUGUGGGGCAGCCUGAUCGUGUAUUUUGCCAUUCUGUUUGCAAUGCAAAGUGACGGCCUGUUUGGCAUCUUUCCGAGUAAUUUCCCAUUUAUUGGUACGGCUCGUAACUGUCUCUCGGAGAAGAGCGUGUGGUUGGUCAUCCUGCUCACCACUGUGGUGUGCAUUUUGCCUGGCUUAGUCGUGAGCUUUCUGAGAGUCGAUCUCUUCCCAACUCUAACAGACAAGGUUCGUCAUUUGCAGCAGUCCAGGAAAAAACAAAGGCCUCAGGAGCAGAACCUGAGGCGAGUCCGCCGGACGAGCUCUCGCCGCUCUGCCUACGCCUUCUCCCACCAGCAAGGCUACGGAGAGCUGAUCACCUCGGGCAAAAACAUGAGAGUGAGCACACUGUCUUCCUCUCGCUCCCUGGAAAGAAUAGCACAGAGCUCCAGCUGGAUAGAAAAUAUACUGAAGAGGAAGAACGAAGUCUCAGCAGAACCGGCAGAGAGCCAUAAAGCAGACAGGCUGAAGUAACACUAAGGGAUUCCAGUGCCUAACCAGAGUAUUAACACCCAUUUUAACUUCUCACAUUUUUGUUAUGUUACAAAUACAAACUUUAAUUUUAGUAGGAUUUUAUAUUGUUGGCCAAAAGCCGAGGUGGAAGGAAAUUGAUAUAUGUUGUUAUCAGAAUGUUUUACAAAUAAAAAUCUGGAACAGUU